AUGUCAACACCACCCGAAUGGUACAAAGACAAUUUCCUCUUCUCCACCAACCCAGUCCUUAUCCAACCAGCAGCUGUCAACGCAGCUUUCGCUACAGAUUACGUGCAUUGGGCUAAACCCAUGGAAGAGGCUCUGUUGCAGAAGAUGUUGGAUAACAGUCUCUGUUUCGGUGUCUACGAGUUGCCGAAGACGUCAGCUGAGAUUGCAGGCCGUUCCCAACCCCCACAAAUCGGCCUUGCCCGCUUAAUCACCGAUCACGUUUCCUUCGCGUAUCUCACAGACGUGUAUAUUCUCGCCCCUUACCAAGGUCGCGGCCUCGGCAAAUUCCUCAUUAAAUGUAUAGACGAGGUUCUGGACAGCUGGCCGCAGUUCCGACGAGCGCUCUUACUGGCGGAUAGCAAAGAGACGAAAUUCUAUGAGCAGAUGUUGCGGAUGCAUGAGUUUGAUCAGGGUGGGAAUGGGUUUACGAUGAUGACAAGGAAGGGCGCGGGGAGUGUGGUCCCUGUUUAG